AUGCAUCCCGAACAUUCAAACCCAACCCCAGAACAUGUUCAGUCUACUGAUCCCCCUGUAAACUGGUUCCAUGAGGCUGCUCAAUGGAUGCUUAUCGACAACAAUGGUGACAUCAAAUUUGAGAUGAUCCCAGAUUCACCAGAAGAGGAUGAGAAGUUGAAAGCUGAGGCCGGGACUGACUCCGUCUUGGAGACACCAGAUGGACUGGAAAAUACUGCUCUAUCUGCCUCCAAUCAUAGCAGGAUCACAAUGCAUCACGAUUUCGGGCCGGCGCAAGCGAAGAUCAAGCGGGAAGAUUUAGGAUCCUUAUCCCGAGGAGAGGAAACGAGAUUCAUGGAACCUCGCCCUGGAUGGACUGCUCAAACACCAGUCAGGCUGGAUAGUAUUUUGGGUCCCAAUACUAGGAAUCAGCGCCCCGGGGUCUCCGCGUAUACUCAACCUGGCAACGCUUUUUCCUCCCCGGAGCAGAAUUAUAACUUGUCUCAGGGGGUAUUUCAAUAUCCACAGCACGCCCCGUUUCCUAUAGAACUCUCCACACACAGGCCUCAAGAUAUGGAUCAUCCUCAACCCCAAUCGACAGCCGCGGUCUUUCUCAGACGACUCAACUCUGUUGAUAGGAUCAGUCCUGACCAUACCCAUCCUAUCCUACCUUCUGUUCCUAUCCAAGGAUAUACUGGGGCGUAUUAUCCUCUUCAACCUACACACUGGCCACCAAAGAUGACCGUUGACUAUAUUCCGGGGUAUCCUCCGUCACCUUAUCUCAGGGAAGGCCUCCCUAACUGGCAUUUUGAAACCGAUCAGUUCAAUAAGUCCUUCAGGGCAUUAGGCGAUCCCAUUCUUCACGUUGAUAGCAUUCUCAGCAGAAACUCCCGUAUCGAGAAGAACAACCUCUGGAAGACCAAGCCCCCAGUGGCUCUUGGCUCUGCCUUAUACGCACUAUCUUACGUGGAAUCUCAGCAGCCGGCACACCACCACCAAAGGUCACGCUACCAAGGCGGCUUCUUUCAUCAAGGCCCCUAUCACCAAGGAUACCAACAGCAACAAGGUUUACAGCAGCAACCUUUCAAACGACCCGUAUUCAGGCAACCUUUGUCCCCUCCGCAGAAAACACUCGGACGUCUCCCACUUUUUGGUCAACGUGUGUCACACGAUCAACAAAAUCAUUUCUUGACACUCGAGAAUUCAACGCUAAAGGCCAGUAGCUGGUCAAGGAAAAAGAAGGGAGGAUUAAGCCUUCUAGAUGCCCGUAUGGCAAGGCAGAGGGAGGGGUAUAGAAGGAGCUUGAGAGUCGGGGGCAUCCAAAGUGAUAACUAG